GGUGUGGCUGGUAGGCGUUCCUGCGGCUGCUUGACGGAGUUUGUCCGGACCUUUAGGGUUCCUUCUCUGUUUAUUUGGCUGAGGUUCCACUGAGGUGCAUCAGGAUGUCUUCAUCACGUUUUGCCAAUCGUCACAGAAAGGAUUUAAGUACUGAUAUGAUUAGGACUAAAAUUGCUCAUAGAAAAUCACUAUCCCAGAAAGAAAACAGAUAUAAGGAAUAUGAACGAAAUAGACACUUUGGUUUGAAGGAUGUUAACAUUCCAACCUUGGGAGGCAGAGUUCUUGUUAGCAUAGAUGAGAGUGCUCAAGACCUUGUUCCAGAGACUAAUAUUAAGACAAGAUCAAUGAAAACUGUCCAAAGUGAUGAACGAAGACAAAUGCUCCAAAAGUACAAAGAAGAAAAACAACUUAAAAAACUGAAAGAACAAAGAGAGAAAGCUAAACAAGGAGUAUUUAAAGUAGGUCUGUAUAGACCUGAUACACCUUGCUUUCUUUUAACAAACCAGAAUGCCCUGAAAGCUAAGGAAAAAAAGGCUAUUCCAUCUAAUGUACGUAUUACAAGAUCAAAGGCCAAAGACCAAAUGGGACAGACUAAGAUUAAUAAUGGAAGUGAUGCUGGACCAGUCCGAGCUGGUCAAAGACAGAGUUCUGAAAAAAUAGUGUUGGACAAACAGAAAAAAGUUGUACAGCCCACAGUGUCUCUGCCAAUGAGAGUGACUCGAUCAGCUACUCAGAUGACAAAGCAGAUUGCCCAAACAGUCACAUCUGCCACAACAAGAAAGCCUGUCACAAGAGCUGCCAAUGAUAAUGAACCAGAAAGAAAGGCACCAAAUAAAGGAAGACCUGCCAGAAAGAUAGAAACAAAACCUGAUAAGGUCAUUUCUUUUAAAGCUGAUAGUGAACAAAAUACUAAGGAUUCACAAAUCAGUGCAACAAAUGUAAUGGAUCCAGAUAGAGUCUUACCAGAAAUGGAAAACAUACCUAAGACAGAUGAAGUCUUACCAGAAAUGCAAAACUUACUUAAGACCAGUGGAGUCUUACCAGAAGUGGAAAACUUGCCUAAGACGUACCCAUCCAAAACCAGAGGAAAGAAUUCCUUUGCACCUCAGGAUUUUGUGUUUCAGCCUCUAGAUGGUCUGAAGACCUAUCAAGUGACUCCCAUGACUCCCAGAAGUGCCAGUGCUUUCUUGACACCUAGUUACUCCUGGAACCCUUUAAAACCAGAAGGUGAUAAGAUUCAAGAAGCAAGAGAAUAUAGCAAGCCAAUACAGCAAGAUUUGAAGAAAUCUCAACGUCCUUUGAGUUCUCUACCAGUUAGUGAAGAAGAACAUGGCUUAAGUCAGAACGAAGCUACUACUAAAAUCUCAAAUUGCUUUCCAAUAAAAGAAGCCCCAUCACUUGAAAUAAAUGAAGGUCAGAUAUCUCAGCCACAGCACGACGUGCCGUAUUUCAGACAUACCCUCCAGUCAGAAACUGAGAAGUUAACUGCACUCUGCCUCGAGUGGGACAGGAAGCUUGAAUUGGACAUUCCAGAUGAUGCUAAAGAUCUUAUUCGAACAGCAGUGGGUCAAACAAGACUUCUUAUGAAAGAGAGAUUCAAACAGUUUGAAGGACUGGUGAAUGACUGUGAAUAUAAACAAGGUGAAAAAGAGACUACUUGUGCAGAUCUGGAUGGAUUUUGGGAUAUGGUUACUUUUCAGGUAGAAGAUGUUAACAAAAAAUUCAACAAUUUGACUAAACUUGAGGAAUCUGGCUGGCAAAACAGUAAUACUAACACAAGAAGCAAAGUCAUUCGAAAGAAAAUUGUCUCAGGGGUAGCAAGCAAACCAAAACUGGAUGACGGUGGAAGGGCUGCAGCUAGAAGUCGCCUCGCUGCCAUAAAAAAUGCCAUGCGAGAGAGAAUUAAGCAGGGAGAACAUGCUGACACAGUGGCUUCAGUGACACCAAAGGAAGUUGACAAAAUAGUGUUUGAUGCUGGAUUUUUCAGAGUUGAGAGUCCUGUUAAAUCAUUCUCAGGUUGGUUUUUACUGCCUUCUGAAUGUUGUGCUCAAAGACUUGGCACGCCUAAGUUUGUCAGCAAAGCUGUGCCUGCGAACACCACGGAAAUGGAUCUUGUUCGACAAAAGUCAUCAUCACCAGAGAAUCCGGAUUCCCACCGUGAAUGUGUUGAUAAGAAGACAUUGUUUUCAAACAUUCCUGAAAGCAGAGACACAGUAGAAGAUGCUCAGUGUUCUGAACCACAGGAUGUAAUUGAAGUAAGCCAUGGCCAGGUGGAUAUAAAUGAAGUAAAUUUUGAAAUGUAUUGUGUACCCAGUGGAAGAAUGAGCUCGCCUCUUCUCUGUGGAGUAACUGAUGGUACUACUACUAACAAAGAAAUUUCAGAUGUUGUAGAAGAAAUGGAACUGAAUCCUUCAGUUGCCUCACAGGAUGUUUUGAUGAGUAGCCCUGAAAAAAAUUUAUCAUUACAAAAUACCAUCCUGAAAGAAGCUGAAACUUCUCAGUCAGUACUAUGUGAUAAUAAAAGUCUCACUACUGAAUUCCACUUUCUUGAUUCGCCAGGCCUGAACUGUGGUAACCUGGGCACUCAGGUGGAGAAAAGACAUCAAGAACAUGCCAGGCAUAUUUCCUUUGGUGGUAACCUCAUCGCCUUUUCACCUCUGAGGCCACUCAGUGGAGAAUAACCAGGAAAAUCAGUCCAACAUUUGCCUUCAGGAUAUCAGUGCAGUGACGCAUUCUCAUUCUUACACUAUGUAUUUUUGUUUGUUUUAUUCAGUCCAUUUGUUUAAUGUCAUUGUGUUUUAAUAUUUGGGAUAUUUUGUAUGUAACCAUAUAAAAUAAAAAGUGUGCUUUGUCUUGA